AUGUUAUAUGCAUCCUUUGUUUGCCAGGAGGAGCACAAGAAUAAGCACCCAGAUGCCUCCAUCAGCUUUUCAGAGUUUUCUAAGAAGUGUUCAGAGAGGUGGAAGACUAUGUCUGCUAAUGAGAAAGGAAAAUUUGAAGACAUGGCAAAGGCUGACAAGGCCCAUUAUGAAAGAGAAACGAAAACUUAUAUCCCUCCUAAAGGGGAAACAAAAAAGAAGUUCAAAGAUCCCAAUGCACCCAAGAAGCCUCCUUCGUCCUUUUUCUUGUUUUAUUCUGAGUAUCAUCCAAAAGUCAAAGGAGAGUAUUCUGGCCUGUCUAUUGGUGAUGUUGCAAAGAAACUGGGAGAGAUGUGGAACAACACUGUUGCAGAGGAUAAGCAGCCUUGUGAAAAGAAGGCUGCCUAGCUGAAGGAGAAAUAAAAAAAGAAUAUUGCUGCAUACUGAGCUAAAGGAAAGCCUGAUGUGGCCAAGAAGGGAGUUGUUAAAACCGAAAAGAGCAAGAAAAAGAAGGAAGAGGAGGAAGAUGAAGAAGAUGAAGAGGAUGAGAAAGAAGAGGAGGAUGAAGAAGACGAAGAUGAAGAAGAUGAUGAUGAUGAAUAAGUCAGUUCUAGCAGUUAUUUUUUCUUGUAUAUAAAGCAUGUAACCCCCAUGCACACAACUCACUCCUUUUAAAGAAAAAAAAUUGAAAUGUAAGGCUGUGUAAGAUUUGUUUUUAAACUGUACAGUGUCUUUUGUUUUGUAUAGUUAGUACACUAUUGAAUGUGUCUUUAGAUAGCCCUGUCCCGAUGGUAUUUUCAAUAGCC